AUGGCGAGAUACAUCGGUGAAGAGUCUGAGAUGGUUUCGGAGCUGGUAAAUUUCAAGUGGAUAAUCAAGAAUUUUUCCGUCGAGAGCCUGCAGCAACGAGGGAGUCCCAUUCGAAGUCCAACCUUCAAUUGUCUGAACACAGACUUUCAUUUGCAGAUGUCUCGCAGCUCCGACAAGAUCCAUCUGGACCUCGUUCAAAGUGAUGCUGAUGACCCGCCUUGGAUUAUAAAAGGCUACAUUGGGUUCGACAUACCAAAUAACGUUAAAUGGUGUUGCAAGAGGAUUAAGCCAUCGAAGAAACGUACCAAUGUUUCUUUUGACAUUUCUGUCAAUAAAAUGAAGAAGGAAUGUUUAGCUGACAACGUUUUAACAGUCUUCUGCAGUUUCACAGCUGCAACUUUAAAGCACACUCUCGAAGCUCAAUCAGUGACACAAACGACCGACGUAAGUAGAUCUGUAAGCUCCCGGAUGCCAGAAUUGGCAGAAAACAUCGGUACUUUUUUGGCUAAUCCCCGCUUCUCUGACGUAAACUUGAAGAUUGGUGAAGAAGUGUUGCAGGCCCACAAAGUGAUUCUGGCAUGCAGGUCCAAAGCGUUCGACGCCAUGUUCAAAAGUGAAGUCCAGGAUUGUAUCGUCGUCGAACUUCCGGAAGUGAAAUUGUCCACCGCAAAGGAAAUGCUGCAAUACAUCUACACUGGGAAAAUUGAGGACUUGUCCAUGGACCGUGCUACGGAUUUGUAUGUCGCUGCAGACAGAUAUGAUUUGCAAGAGCUGAAGGGAUGGUGCCGAGAUUUCAUUCUGCAACACAUAUCAGCCAACGACGUAGGCAAAGUAGCGAUAUUGGCGGAUUUGCACUGUGACGAAAAACUUGCAAAUCUUGCAAAGCGGGUUUUCAAAGAAAAAACCAAAUCCAUAGUGGGAUCGGAGGAAUGGAAAGACUUUGCAAUGAGGAAUCCAGCUGUGUAUGCAAAUCUGGUUGAAAGUGCUUUAUGA